AGCACAGCAGACGACCGUGUGGGCAUCAGGUAAUCAUGGGACUGCUGACCGGGGAUGCCCUGACGCCCCUGGCCGUGGCCGUGGCCAUCUUCCUACUCCUGGUGGACCUGAUGCAUCGGCGCCAGCGCUGGGCUGCACGCUACCCGCCGGGCCCCAUGGGAUUGCCAGUUGUGGGUAACCUGCUGCAGGUGGACUUCCAGAAUCCCACAAGCUGCUUCAGAAAGCUGCAGUACCGCUAUGGGGACGUGUUCAGCCUGCAGCUGGCCUGGACUCCUGUGGUUGUGCUCAAUGGGCUGGUGGCCAUGCGUGAGGCACUGGUGACUUACAGUGAGGACACCUCUGACCGCCCACACACUCCCCUCUUGGAGUUCCAGGGCUUUAAGCCUCACUCCCAAGGAGUGAUCAUGGCACACUAUGGGCCUGCCUGGCGUGAGCAGCGUCGCUUCUCUGUGUCCACUCUGCGCAACUUCGGCCUGGGCAAGAAGUCGCUGGAGCAGUGGGUGACCGAGGAGGCCGCCUGCCUCUGUGCUGCCUUCUCUGAACAUGCAGGACACCCAUUUCGCCCCAGCAGGCUCCUGAACAAAGCCGUGUGCAACGUCAUCGCCUCGCUCACCCAUGGGCGUCGCUUUGAGUAUGAGGAACCAUGCUUAAACAGGCUGAUAGAAGCAACCCAGAGGGCGCUGGAGGAGACGACAGGCACCAUGCCACAGGUGCUGAAUACGAUGCCCAUACUCCUGCGUAUCCCAGGGCUGUUCGACAGACUAUUCCAGGGCCAGAAGACCUUGAUGGUUGAGAUGGAGGAGCUGCUGGCUGAGCAUCGCAGGACAUGGGAUCCCACCCAACCUCCCCGAGACCUGACUGAUGCCUACCUGAUAGAGGUGGAGAAGGCCAAGGGGAACCUUGAGAGCAGCUUCAAUGAUGACAACCUGCGCAUGGUGGUGUCUGACCUGUUCAUAGCAGGGAUGGUGACCACAUCCACCACGCUGGACUGGGCCCUCCUGCUCAUGGUCCUGCACCCGGAAGUGCAACGCCGUGUCCAGCAGGAGAUUGAUGAGGUCAUAGGGCAGGUGCGACGACCAGAGAUGGCAGACCAGGCCCGCAUGCCCUUCACCUGUGCCGUGAUCCAUGAGAUUCAGCGCUUUGGGGACAUUGCUGCUCUGGGUGCACCCCAUGUGACAUCACGUGACACUGAAAUACAGGGCUUCCUCAUCCCCAAGGGGACAAUGCUCCUCACCAACCUGUCAUCGGUGCUGAAGGACGAGACCAUCUGGGAGAAGCCCUUCCGCUUCUAUCCGGAACACUUCCUCGAUGCUCAGGGCAACUUUGUGAAGAAGGAGGCCUUCAUGCCUUUCUCCACAGGUCGCCGUGCGUGUCUCGGGGAGCCCCUGGCCCGCAUGGAGCUCUUCCUCUUCUUCACCUGCCUCCUGCAGCGCUUCACGUUCUCGGUGCCCGCGGGGCAGCCCCGGCCCAGCGACCAUGCCAUAAACCGCUCCCUGAUGUUCCCAACCCCCUACCAGCUUUGUGCUGUGGUUCGUUAGUAGGGUAUGGGGGUCUAAAGUUCUCAUCGCACUACUCAACAGG